GAAACAGAACCUCCAGAGAUCAAACAGGAGGAAGAAGAACCAGAAUCUCCAGAGAUCAAACAGGAAGAAGAAGAAACAGAACCUUCAAAGAUCAAACAGGAACAAGAACCAGAACCUCCACAGAUGGAGGAACAGGAGGUUCUGGGUACCAGCCAGGAGGGACAGCAGCUUAUUAUUAAGUUUGAGAGUGAAAGUGACCUGAGAGAACCAGAAGAAGUACGGGACACUGAGCAGCUCCUCUCUCAGGACUCUGAAGUCCACCAUGAGAACAAACUGAUUGAUGUUCUUGUUUCAGAGAAGCAGGCUGAAGGUGAAAAGCUUUGUGAGGAAACAUGUGGUGAACCUGUCCGCAAAAAACCAAAAUUACAUCCAAAGGCAGGAGCGGACACUGACAAGAAGAAAGCUUGUGAAACAUGUGGGAAAAGUUUCCGUGAUCCGAGUUCUUUAUUGGUCCACAUGAGAUCUCACACAGGUGAGAAGCCGUUUCCUUGUGAAACAUGUGGGAAAAGUUUCACUCGUCAGAGUACUUUGUUGGUCCACAAGAGAUGUCACACAGGUGAGAAGCCAUAUCCUUGUGAAACGUGUGAGAAAACUUUCAGUCGGCACAGUCAUUUGGUGGUCCACAUGAGAUCUCACACAGGUGAGAAGCCGUAUCCUUGUGAAACAUGUGGGAAAAGUUUCAUUGACCGGAGUUAUUUGGUGGUCCACAUGAGAUCUCACACAGGUGAGAAGCCAUAUCCUUGUGAAACAUGUGGGAAAAGUUUCAUUACCCGGAGUUAUUUGUUGGUCCACAUGAGAUCUCACACAGGUGAGAAGCCACACCCUUGUGAAACAUGUGGGAAAAGUUUCAAUACCCGGAGUCAGUUGUUGUGCCACAUAAGAUCUCACACAGGUGAGAAGCCGUACCUUUGUGAAACAUGUGAGAAAAGUUUCAGUCAGUACAGUCAUUUGUUGCUCCACAUGCGAUCUCACACAGGUGAGAAGCCGUAUCCUUGUGAAACAUGUGAGAAAAGUUUCAGUCAGUACACUCAUCUGUUGCGCCACAUGAGAUCUCACACAGGUGAGAAGCCAUAUCCUUGUGAAACAUGUGGGAAAAGUUUCAGUCGUCACAGCAUUUUAUUGGAUCACAAGAGAUCUCACACAGGUGAGAAGCCAUAUCCUUGUGAAACAUGUGGGAAAAGUUUCAGUCGUCACAGUGCUUUAUUGGUCCAUAACAGAUCUCACACAGGUGAGAAGCCGUAUCCUUGUGAAACAUGUGGCAAAAGUUUCAUUUAUCGGAGCGCUUUAUUGGUCCACAAGAGAUCUCACACAGGUGAGAAGCCGUAUCCUUGUGAAACAUGUGGGAAAAGUUUCCGUCAUCGUUCUUCUUUGCUGCACCACAUGAAAAUUCACUUGAAGAUGAGGUCAUGAAAGACUAUUGAUGAUGUCAUUGGCCCAGUAGAUGUUUUUUCAAUCCGAUUGAAAGCAAUCGUACUAAAUGUAGUUGUAUACAUGUUAGGGCUGUCACGGUAAACCAGUAUUGACGAUAACCGUGGUAUUUAAAAGUGAAAUUUCAAUAUCGUGUUCAAAAUGCGCCUAUGAUAUUAUCGCAUGGAGGAUCUCGUGCCACUUGAAACGUGUUGAAGUGUAUUUUAAAAAUCCACUCCUGUUCUUCCGCCUUGCUUCGUCUUCCUCCUGCAGCACCCCCACCUCUCCCCCUCCCCCUCACAUAUAAACACAGCAGAGCAGCGGUAGCGGCACGGCUCCUAGCUAGCGAGGCUCCCAGUUAGCGAGCAUCACGAGUGAACUAAACAUGUCGGCGGUGGCCAACAACGACAGCAAGACACUCUCCUAAAAAAGUGUGUUUAGCAACACUGACUGCACGUUGAUGCAAGCCGGGUAGUAGUGGGGCCCCAUUAGGUAGGUUCCAGACGUGUCAUUGUAAUGUAUCCGGGGGGGUUUCAAGUUGUGUCACUGAUAUCCGCCAUCUUCUCCGCCGGCCCCCUUCUAGCAACUAACCAGUGAGUAAUCGGAAAGGGCCCUAUGCGGGGGAUUUUUGACACAUUGUCAUUGCAGCGUCUAGUGUAGCGCCUUAAAUUUGUCAUUGAAAUUGACUGAUGUCAGCCGUUCCUCGGGACCCCCUUCAGCUCAGGGCCCUAGCCAGUAGCGGCGCCUCUGGCUGGAGAGAAGCAGCUGCUGCGCUCAUUCCGCCUUGGAUUUAAACAAACAAAAAUUCUCGGCAGUGUGGCGGUAGUACAGGAUUUCACCCAUAUACAGUCUAUGAUUCCACCCCAAGAGGGCCCGUGGGUUUUCAUAACCCACCAACCCUACGUAAAUUAGGCCUCUGCCAUGGAUCCUCUGUUAAUCAGUUCAUCAGAUUUUAAUUAGUUGAGUGUAACUCCACUU